UGGCGUGGCGUGGUUUUAAUUCCCGGAUGUUGACCAGGCCUGCUCUCUUUUUCAUCUCGGCGGCGUAACUCCAGAGCGCGGUUCAUCUCUACUCCGCCUGACUCUCGGCCAGCCAUGCCUCAAUUGAUCGCAGAAAUCAAAGACUUCUUGCUAACUGCAAGAAGAAAGGAUGCAAAAUCUGUGAAAAUUAAGAAGAAUAAGGAUAAUGUCAAAUUCAAAGUUCGGUGCAGCAGGUACCUAUAUACGUUAGUCAUCACGGACAAAGAAAAGGCUGAGAAACUCAAACAGUCCCUGCCUCCAGGUCUGGCAGUGAAAGAGCUGAAGUAAACAGUUGAAAUAUCAAGAUGAUGUUCAGAUUUUACUGAAUAAAGAAAAACUACGAACA